AUGUCGCGGCCGCGUACCCCAGUCUCUGCGUGUCCCCUGACGCGACUCGAGGUUCGAGAUGGCAUGCAGACGAGCGUCUAUGAAGCUGGGCAGUUUGUGGGCGGCAUGACGUUGACGCUGGAUUGUCAGCGGUCCAGGGACACGGGUCGGGAUAGCCUCGUGCUCCUCGUUCAUUGCGCCUUGCGAGAGAUGCUGUCCAUCAGAAUCUCUGAUCUUCUGCGCGAUCCCCGCCGUGUGACAGAUGCGGUUACUGCCGACAGGGCCGCUCUGCGAUUGGCUGUCAGCGUCCCUGCGCAGCAUCAUGAGAUUCUGGCCACGUUCCAAGACGCCAGAGACUUUAGCCUCUCGGCGUGCAUGCUCAGCAAGUCUGGUUUCGCCAUCAAGGACGAGGCAGCUCAGCGAGAACCGAGGCAUUUUUCAACCCCCCCCCACGAGCAGUUGCCGCAUCAUCAACCGGGAGUCAACCUGGGCCCCCGCCUCUCUUCCGUCACGCCGAUACCGGGUUUGAGCAUGGACCAUGGCCCCGAAGCUCACGGCGGGUGGGCCUUCGCGUCUCUACUCAACUCCAACACUUUGCCCUCAUUCCCGUUGCAAACCCCCCUCUCGGCUGGGCCGACUCGUAGAGCUACUCCAGAGCAAGAUGGAUUCACCAGUCCCCUCGUGAACAAUUCACCAGACGCUUUCCAGCGGCGUGUGACCUCGGACGAGGCUUCACAGCUUCUCAACCCUUACAACUUGUUCCUCGGCAAACACAGUGGCGACCUGCAUCGGCCUCGAGUGAGCUCUCCGUUAAGAAACUCCUUUUCCCCUGAGGGACCUGUCACGCCUGAGUGGGGACCUCGUACGUAUCCAGCGGAAGUGAAUCGCAAUGAGCCUUCCGCCAGGCAUCCGCUUAUUCUCCGAUCCAAAUCCUCGUCUGAAUGGAGAGCACACGGAGACCACCGUAAGCUAGGAACGCCGCCCAGCCCACAAAGUCGUGAUAGCCCUACGGACCCCAUGCGAGGUGGCACGCCGCCGACCAUGUUUGAAAAAGAACAGGGUCAGGCAUCGCAGGCGGCUUCGAGCUUUCGGGAUCAUAUGCCGCAACGCCGUGAUCUUCCGUUUGCCCAAGACAAGGCUCGAGUGCCUAGACGAAGCUCGAGCGCAGGGUCAGGCAAUUCAAGGGAUGAAAACUACCAGCAGCCCUUCUCGCCGCAAGGCCUCGAAGACGACCAAAUAGAACUUGGCAAGGCGCACCAGGAUCGCCAAGACAAGUCUCGCAGAACGACGAGCUUGCCGUGUGUGGACGACAAACCACCCCCUGAGUCUGCAAACAGCGCAGACCAGAGCAGCCCGAACCUUGGUGAAGCGGAAUCAACUUAUCAAUCACUCGGCAAUCCUAAACAAGCCGUUUCAUCACAGCCCUCAUACUUUGUGCAGCCUGCCGUGGUGGUCGCGGACCCCUUGGUGAUCCGUCAACUGAACAGCAUGACCUUGUGGCUUCUCGAGCAGUACCAAGCAGACGUGUCUCGGGGGUGUGAUGAAGGCGUCUGCGCGCAAUUCUACGUGGAGCGGAUGCAGAGCUGUCGGCGAGAAUUCUGGCUCUCUCAGCUCAUGGGCGUCAUGCGGCAAGGGAUGACAUGA